UAUAUAGCGCUAGGUAGCUGUAUUAAACAGCUUGGUAGUUGUGAGGUUACAGAAAUUCGGAUUUAUACUCCGUCAAGAUCAGAGCCUCACUUAUUUUAGUGCCCCCAACACCACAUCAGACCCCGCGCUUAAUUGAUGCCCAUGCAGGGAAAACCCACCAGCUGUGCGUAUCCGUCCAGUCCAAGCAAUAUCCCUAGACUCCAAGUUUGCUUUUUCUGUGUUAAAUCCUGGAAUCUAAGCGGUUCACUCUGCUGAGUCAGUCUCUACAUAGCCUGUAACCUCGGCCUUUCUCAAGAGGUCUAAGAGCACUCACUCGUGCAACUAUUUUACCGCUCUUCUCUUCUUCUAACCUAUAAGUUUAGUGUCGUCCAUUCGUCUACUAGUGCCCUUCUAUAAUUUUUGUUCUUCUCUGCGUCACUGUGCGGAAAGAUCUCAAAGUUUGUCGUAUAAAACUACUCUCUCACACAUAUUGUUUAAUAACACGCCAUGGCUACACACUGCAACGUCCCCCAACAGUUCAUCCGUACCGAGGAAUCAGAGUUCAAGGGCAUGAUUCGUCACGUACCCAACCGGAAUCGAUUGCUCCCAUCCAUUACAUCCAUCUCCAACCAGCCACGGCUUCUGGCUUCUUCCCUGGGCCAAUUGGAUUGUCUCCCCGCAGAGCUUCUAUUGUCUGUCCUUGAUCUCCUCGACUUCCAGUCUCUGUCCCGCCUGUCGCGGGUUUCUCUUCUAGGAAAGGAUGUGAUUGAGGACCUGCCGGUGUAUGGGGAGAUGGUCCAACAUGCUCCCGAGGCAUUGGUUGUCUUGGGACAGACUCGUCUUUUGAGCUACCAUCCUGCUACCUUGCUUCAUUCCGCCCUCCGGCAGAGCAGAUGUGUCUCGUGUCUCGCUUUUGGAGGGUUUCUCUUCCUGCCAACCUGUGAGAGGGUUUGUUUUGAGUGUUUGUAUGAGAACCAGGCUCUCCGGAUGACGUCUCCGGCUAUGGCGAAGGAGUGCUUCAGUCUCACCGACCAUGAUCUCCAACGCAUUCCUGUUAUGCAUAGCGUUCCUGGCAUCUUUGGUCUGAGGUUCCAAUUCGCGCAUAAGCAGGCUGAACGUCUUGUCAGUGUCAAGCAAGCAAAGGAGCUUGCCCUAGAAAUAUAUGGCUCUGCUGAGAAGCUGGCCAGACUGAGGCCGACAUAUCGUCCUGGGAGAACGUCCAUGAAAGAUGCUGCCAUAUUCAGGCACUUCCAUGAAGCGUCUUUGGAUCCUCCAGGCUGUGACCUCUCAAGACUACCAAGAAAGGCCGAGGUUGUAGAGGAUGACUUUGGCGGAAUGGCCUCCAUUCGUUUCCCAUCCCUCUCAGAAGCUGGCGCUGAUAAAGGCAUCCUGUGCCAGGGAUGUCUUGUCACUUAUAGCCACUACAUGCAAGGCGAGCUCCCCCAGAGUACGCUUUCCGAGCUUGUUCCUGUGGAUGUUGGGCCUUAUCGACCCCUUCUUGCGCUGUUGACUCGUCUAUGGUCCACAGAAGGAUUCGCUGAACAUGCACAUCAAUGCUAUGGCGUGCGCCGAAUCUUGGGGCAAUAAGAGUUCCAAGUAAGCACAGAGCAUCCACUUUGAGAUUUGUCAACACAUUUCUUGAUCUGUCCUGGCUGAUGCUUGCAGAAUCCUCAAGGCCUUGU